AUGCUAAAAAGAAGAGCAAAGAAAAACUCAACUUUAAGAGCUUCAGAAGAGAUUUAUCUUCCAAAUCUCCAUCGCUCACAAUUAAGGCAAAGCUUGGAGCCUAUAAGGGGACGCUCCGAAUUGCAAACUUAUGACAUUUCAGAUGUAAUUAAAAGCACAACUCAAAGUAUUCCUAUACGGUUACCGUCAAGAAAUGAUUUUAGACGAACUUCGAUGCCCACCAAAAGAGAGGUGCUAACUUAUGAUAAUGUAAUAAUCCCUAUUAGCAUGAGGAAAAAAGUCUUAAAGAAGCAGCUUCCACCACUAAGUGAAAGCAUUUCUGAUGGUUCAGAUAUAGCUUCUAUAAGCCCACAAAAGCUGACAAAUCAAACAACAACUGAAAUAGUCUACAGUGCUUCUAACCAAAUAAAAAAGUCAAUAAAUCGAAUUAAAAAACUAAUAAAGAAAAACCAAACUGAAACUUAA